AUGGCGGCGGUGGCGGCCCUCGGGGCAGCUGAGGCGCCUUGUGCGCUGCUGCUUGUGGUGGGCGGCGAGUGCGGGCGCCCGGGGCUGCUGGCCUACGUGCUGGAGGAGCUGGAGCGAGGCAUCCGCUCCUGGGACGUGGACCCCAGCAUCUGCGGCCUUGAUGAGCAGCUCAAGGUCUUUGUGUCACGGCAUUCGGCCACCUUCUCCAGCAUUGUGAAAGGCCAGCGGAGCCUGCACCAUCGUGGGGACGCACUGGACACCCUGGUCCUCCUCAACCCCUCGGACAAGUCGCUGUGUGAUGAGCUCCGGAACCUUCUGCUGGAUCCUGCCCCUCACAAGCUGGUGGUGCUGGCUGGGCCCUGCCUAGAGGAGACGGGGGAGCUGCUGCUCCAGACGGGCGGCUUCUCAUCCCGUCACUUCCUUCAGGUCCUGGCAGAUAAGGAGAUUGGGGAGUUCCUGGCCUCAGCGCCCCCGCCACCUGCCCCGCCCACACUCACCAUCACCUGCCCAACCUUUGGCAACUGGGCCCAGCUGGCACUCAACCUGCCAAGCCUGCCGGGCACCCUCCAGCUGCGGCUGAACCCGCCAGUGAAGCUGCCGGCCUCCGAGGGCCUGCGUGAGUUCCUGGAGUAUGUGGCUGAGUCGCUGGAGCCACCCUCGCCCUUUGAGCUGCUGGAGCCUCCAGCUGCCGUGGGCUUUCUCAAGAUCGCCCGGCCCUGCUGCUACGUCUUUCCCGGCGGCCUGGGUGAUGCUGCCUUCUUUGCCGUCAAUGGCUUCACCAUCCUGGUCAACGGUGGCUCAAGCCCCAAGUCGAGCUUCUGGAAGCUGGUGCGACACCUGGACCGUGUGGAUGCAGUGCUGGUGACCCACGCUGGCGUUGACAGCCUGCCAGGCCUCAACAGCCUGCUGCGGCGUAAGCUGGCAGAGCGUGAGGCAGCGGCGGCCAGCGGCGGGGGAGACGAGGGGCUGCGCAAUCUCAUCUCGCCCGAGCUAGGCGUUGUGUUCCUGAACACAGGCGUAGCUGGGGAUUCAGCGGGUGAUGGGGCGCAGCUGGUGCGUGGUGUAGAUGAGGUGGGGCUGGCGCUGGGAUUGCUGGCCCGCUUGGGCAUCCCACCACUGCCCUUGAGCCGUGGGACGCUACCCACCCAGCCCACUGUGCUCUUCCAGAAGAUGGGUGUGGGCCGGCUGGACAUGUAUGUGCUGCACCCGGCCUCUGAAGCUGCCGGGCGCAGUGCUGACCGCAUGCUGGCCUCAGCCUGCGUCUUGCUGGUGUGGCAGCCGGCCAGCCCUACUGAGAAGGUGGUGCGGGUGCUCUUCCCAGGCUGCACACCUCCUGCGCGCCUGCUUGAGGGCCUGGCCCGCUUGCAGCACCUGGGCUUCCUGCACGAACCAGUGGUGACACCUCAGGACCUGGAGGGGCCGCGGCGUGCGGAGAGCAAGGAGAGCGUGGGUUCCCGGGACAGCGCUCGGGGCAGGGAGCGCUCCGGGACAGCCCGCAAAGAGCCCCUGCGCACUGAGAAGGACACCAGGCUGCCCCCACGGGAUGCCAAGAAGGACCCCAGACCUGUUACCCUGCGGACCCAGCCACGGGAGGCACGCCGCGGGGUCUCCUCCGCCCCUGAUGUCAAAAAGGUGAUGGCUUCAGGGUCAGCCAAGGCCCGGAAAGCACCUGAUGCACCACGCCCAGCUGUGGAGAAUGGGCCCCGCAGCCCCCCGAGCUUCCGCUGCGGUGAGGCCAGUCCCCCGCUGGCAGCAUGCAUGUCCCCAGCGCUCCCACUGGCAGCUACACCCAGCCUGGAGCGCAGCCUGGAGCUAGGCCCGAGUCUGGCCGCUGGGGAUGAGGGCUGUAGCUCAGAGGAGCAGACGCUGGAGCUGCUGUCGGCGGCCAGCACGCCUCAGCUUCGCACACCUUCACCUGCCGCGCAGGGCCACGGGGGCCCUGCCGACACCUGCGGGCGGCUGGCGCUGAGCCCACUGCGCGCUGAGGAAGCGGCACCUGAUGCCUCGCCCACCGUGACCACGCCCUCACUGCCCGCAGAGGUGGGCUCGCCACACUCCACUGAGGUGGAUGAGUCCUUGUCUGUGUCCUUUGAGCAGGCACUGCCGCCACCCCCUGCCAGCAGUGAGCCUGGUCUGAGCCUCCCGCUGCGUGGUCCCCGGGCCCGGCGCUCGGCCUCCCCGCACGAUGUGGACCUGUGUCUGGUGUCCCCUUGCGAGUUUGAGCACCGCAAGGCCAUACCUUCUGCUGCUGCUGCCUCCCCCGGUGGUGGCUCCAACGACAGCAGUGCUCGUUCCCAGGAGCGUGGCCCAGGAGGCCCAGGGGCUGAAGAGACACCACCCACCUCCCUCAGCGAGUCCCUGCCCACCUUGUCUGACUCGGAGCCCCUGCCUGCCAUCCCAGGCCCUGUGGACUCAGACGAUGACGACACUGAGAGCCUGGGUGUAUCCCACCGCCGCCGUGACCCGCUAUCCGCCCCGCUCAAGGACCCUCGUCCGCUGCCUGCCCCACCUGGUGUCUGCAUGGUGGACCCUGAGCAGGCACGGCGCCUGGAGAGCCUUAGCCGUGCCCGGAAGCCCCUGGCCCGCACGGGCCCCAGUACCGCUGGCCCCAAAGCCACAACAGGUGGUACUGCCAAAACCAAGGGGCUGGCUGGUGGGGAUCGAGCCAGCCGGCCACUCAGCACCCGAAGUGAGCCCAGUGACAAGGCAGCCCGGGCGUCCCUGUCCAGAAAGGUCUCCAUUCCCAAGACGACCACUCGAGGCCCUCCAGGCACAGCAGGCAGCCGCGUGAGUGUGUCCAGUGCCCCACCUGGCAAUCCUGUCUACCUGGAUCUGGCCUACCUGCCCAGUGGAAGCAGUGCCCGCCUGGUGGAUACUGAGUUCUUCCGGCGGGUGCGCGCCCUCUGCUAUGUCAUCAGCGGCCAGGACCAGGGCAAGGAGGAGGGCAUGCGGGCCCUGCUGGAUGCGCUGCUGGCCGGCAAGCAGCAGUGGGACCGUGAGCUGCAGGUGACCCUGAUCCCCACCUUCGAGUCGGUAGCCAUGCACGAAUGGUACCAGGAGACACAUGCAAGGCAGCAAGCACUGGGCCUCACAGUGCUGGGCAGCAACAGCACGGUGGCCAUGCAGGACGAGACCUUCCCCGCCUGCAAGGUGGAGUUCUAA